AUGGGUGGAGUAAUUAGCUCCGAAACGGUUCUGGAAGAUAAUGAAUGCAUGCGUAGAUUUUCGGGACUCCAGCCCAUCUCUGAUAAUGAUCCUUUUUGGAACCAACUUCUUUCCUUUAACUUGAAUUUGAAUUCGGACGACAGGAAAGAAAUGAAGGAAUUUGAUGACUCUCUGAAUAACUUAUUACAGUCUUUAAUGUAUAAUACUCAAACUACCGGUAAUUUUGCUGCAUUCAUACGUGUUUUUUUGAGAAGGGCAUCCGAGGUUCGUACGUCUGAAAUGUGUCGGAAGUAG